AUGUCUACCCGUAACGUCACCGAUGUCUCCCACGCCAUCGCUGCCGUCGGAUCUCGCUCCCUCAAAAAGGCCGAAGACUUUAUCGCCGAGCACACUCCCAAUGGUGCGGCGGCCCAGCAAGAUGGCCUCGUGGACUUUAAGCCCAAGGCUUAUGGGUCUUAUCAAGGAGUGGUAGAUGAUCCUAAUGUCGACAUUGUGUACGUUGGAACCAUGAAUAUCUGUCACUAUGAAGACGCCAAGAUGGUAUUGGAAGCUGGCAAACAUUGUCUGUUGGAAAAACCAGCUACUCUCAAUGCUCAUGAAUGGAACCAUCUCGUCCAGAUCGCCGAGGUCAAAAAGGUCUUCUUGAUGGAAGCUGUCUGGACCAGAUUCAACCCCGUGCUCCUCGCUGUCCAAAAGGCAGUCCACGAAGACAAUGCUAUCGGCGAGAUUCGAUGCCUCUACUCUGACCACUCCAUGGAUGUCUAUAAGAAGCGACCUGAUACCGACCGUGUGUUGGCAGCAGAGCUUGCUGGUGGCCCUUUGCUGGACGUUGGACCCUACCCCCUAGUCUGGGCCAUGAUGAUCCUCUGUCGCCAUCCCGACAACGCUCGCACCCCUCCCGAGAAGGUCGGCAGCACAAUGAUGCUCCACAAGACCGGCGUCGACAUUGCCACCAGCUUCACCCUCACCUUCCCCAAGAUCACCUCAAUCGCCUACUGCACCACCAAUCUCCUUUCCCCAGUCCAAAAGGAGCGCAACACCCGUAUAGUCGGCUCCACCGGCGAGAUCAUCGUGCAAGGCCAUACCUCCCGCCCUCAGUCGUUCACUAUACGCCGCCUUGUUGAUCCGGAGGAAGAAGGGGGCAAGUGGCAGGAGGAUGAACAGGUGGAUAUGAGCUUUGAUGGGUUUGGGCUCUAUUGGGAGGCGGAUGAGGUGGCGAGGUGUUUGAGCAAGGGGUUGCUGGAGUGCCCGAGCUUGCCCCAUGCGGAGACGAGUUUGACUAUGAGUAUCUUUGACAAGGUCAGGGCUGAGGGAGGAUACGAGUAUCUUCCCGGACUGGAGAAAGUCAAGGUCUAG